CUUUCUAUUAUUACUUUCUUCAUCCCCACGGUGUCUUUGCGGAUAUUGUUCGAUACUAUUACGAUAUUUUUCAUUUUUAGUUUUUACCAAUCCUUCUUCCUUUCGCGUGUGAUCAUUAACUCGAGGUGAAUCCUCCUAUAUCUGGUUAGUAUCACACGCGGAAUAAUCAAAGAUCGCAUUCGAUAAUGUGUAGAGAUUUAAGAGUGGUGUUUUUGGAAGAAGAAGGCCAAGAAAUUUGGUAAAAGACAGCUACUGCUUUCCGUAUCUUUGUUGUUUGUGUCCAAACAGGCUUUUUAAUCACAACCUAUCGUAUUAUCCGUUUCCUUUUUUUUUCCAAGAGCUAAUUGAUCUGGGGGAAUAUUAAACAAUUUGACCAUUGUGUGUGGUUUCUCUCAAUAUAUUCUUUUAAAAAUAUUGCAAAAGAACGUGUUGAGCUGUUACCACUUUCUUGUCUUGUCUCUCUCUCUCUCCUCGUCUUUUAAACUUCCUCAUUUUUCUUUGAAACCUGUGAAUCGAGUCUUUCAGGAAAGAAAUAAGUUAUUUUUUUCUUCUCUUCACAGUAAUACACGUGUCACUGCUUUGAUCUUAUUGCUGUCAAUGAGAUCCGAUUUGUAGCUCUUUUGACAUCCCUUUUUUCCCAUAUCUCUCUCUAAAAUGGCACCAAAGUUCGAAUGGUGGGCGAAAGGAAACAACCGCAAAGGUACUCCGGUGGUGGUCAAAAUGGAGAACCCUAACAACUGGUCAAUGGUGGAGCUCGAAUCACCGUCCGAGCAAGAUUUUCUCGUGGAAGGCCGCCGUGAGAAAUCUCGCAACAAGAACGCGAGACAGCUCACUUGGGUUCUCCUCCUCAAAGCCCACCGCGCCGCAGGCUGUCUCACCUCCCUCGGCUCAGCAUUAAUCGCUCUCGGAACCGCCGUGCGCCGUCGUAUCGCUGCUGGCCGUACAGACACUGAUAUCUCGUCUUCGUCCUCUCCGGCCAUUGCCAAAUCGAAACCGAGGUUCUUGUAUUCGUGCUUGAAAGUGUUUCUUCUGCUUUCGCUAAUGCUUCUAGCUUUCGAAACGGCUGCGUAUUUCAAAGGAUCGCAUUUCGAAACACCCAAGCUUCAGUUGCCUUAUGGUUUCUUCGAUUGGGUUUACACUCACUGGGUCCUGCUCCGUGUUGGCUACCUUGCUCCUCCGCUUCAGUUUCUCGCUAACGCUUGCAUCGUCCUCUUCCUUAUCCAAAGCCUGGACCGGCUCAUCCUCUGCCUAGGCUGUUUCUGGAUCCGGUUCAAUAAAAUCAAACCGGUUCCCAAAACCGUAAUCUCCGAUUUAGAAACCGGAGAGAAUGGAUGCUUCCUUCCCAUGGUUCUUGUUCAGAUUCCCAUGUGUAACGAAAAAGAGGUUUAUCAGCAGUCUAUUGCGGCUGUGUGCAACUUAGACUGGCCAAAAACGAAGAUUCUGAUUCAAGUUCUCGAUGAUUCCGAUGAUCCCAUCACGCAGAGUUUGAUCAAAGAAGAGGUUCACAAAUGGCAGAAGGGAGGUGCGCGAAUAGUGUAUCGUCACCGUGUGAACAGAGAAGGCUACAAAGCUGGAAACCUCAAGUCUGCAAUGAACUGUAGCUACGUCAAAGACUACGAGUUCGUGGCCAUCUUCGAUGCUGAUUUUCAGCCUUUACCUGAUUUCCUCAAGAAGACGAUUCCUCACUUUAAGGACAACGAGGAGCUGGGACUGGUGCAGGCGAGAUGGUCGUUCGUGAACAAGGAAGAGAACUUGUUGACGAGGUUGCAGAACAUUAACUUGGCGUUUCACUUUGAGGUUGAGCAGCAAGUCAACAGCGUCUUCUUGAAUUUCUUUGGGUUCAAUGGGACAGCUGGCGUCUGGAGGAUCAAGGCUUUGGAAGAUUCUGGUGGUUGGCUCGAGAGAACUACCGUCGAGGAUAUGGACAUUGCUGUUCGUGCUCACCUCCAUGGCUGGAAGUUCAUUUUCCUUAACGAUGUUGAGUGCAUUUGCGAGUUACCUGAAUCGUAUGAAGCUUACAGAAAGCAACAACACCGAUGGCAUUCAGGACCUAUGCAACUAUUUCGCCUUUGUUUACCCGCUGUCAUUAAAUCAAAGAUAAGCAUUGGGAAGAAAUUUAAUUUGAUAUUCCUCUUCUUCCUCCUAAGGAAGCUCAUCUUGCCCUUCUACUCCUUCACACUCUUCUGUAUCAUCUUGCCAAUGACUAUGUUUGUCCCUGAGGCUGAGCUUCCUGCUUGGGUUGUCUGCUACAUACCUGCCACAAUGUCUUUCCUCAACAUCCUUCCCGCCCCGAAAUCGUUUCCCUUUAUUGUCCCCUACCUUCUCUUUGAGAACACAAUGUCUGUCACCAAGUUCAACGCCAUGGUCUCGGGUCUGUUUCAGCUGGGAAGUGCAUACGAAUGGGUUGUUACAAAGAAAUCAGGGAGGUCGUCAGAAGGAGAUCUGGCUGCUUUAGUCGAAAACGAAGGAGGAAAGAAAAUGAAACAUCAGAGAGGCGCCUCUGCACCAGCACCAGAAACAGAGGCUGAGAAGAAAGCUCAAAAGAAGAACAAUAAGAAGAAGAAGAAGCACAAUAGGAUCUAUAUGAAGGAGCUGUCACUAGCGUUUCUGUUAUUAACUGCAGCAACUCGAAGUCUCUUGUCGGCUCAAGGAAUCCAUUUUUACUUCCUCUUGUUUCAGGGAAUAUCCUUCUUACUGGUUGGUCUAGAUCUAAUUGGAGAGCAAGUUGAAUGACAGAGAAGAGAUUGACUGGGUCUUAAUAGUGCUUGUAGAGAAAACUUUGUAGAAGACAAGAACACAAUUUCAUCUGUAUCACAUCAUUGAACAUAGAUCAGCUCCACAGAGGAAGGGACAUGGUUAUAUUAACUGUUGGCAAUAUGUAAGCUUUAUCUCCUUUAAUUUUAAUGUCUCUUUUGGUUUGGCUACAGUUCUUUUAUUCUUUCUCGUUUGUGGACAAUUCUUUUGUAAGAAAUUUUGUUCAAGAAAGCAAAUCAUUUUAGAUAAAA